AUGUCCGGCACCACCCUAGCGAUUGACCGCAUCUGUACCGGCAUUGACCUCAGCAUCCAUUGGCAUCAGUCUGCAGCCCUACCAACCCAAGUGCUGCUGUAA